AUGGCCGCCAUGGUCCCCCCGGUGAAGCUGAAAUGGCUCGAGCAUCUCAACAGCUCCUGGAUCACGGAGGACAGCGAGUCCAUCGCCACGAGGGAGGGAGUCUCGGUCCUGUACGCAAAACUCGUCAGCAACAAAGAGGUGGUGCCCUUGCCCCAGCAGGUCCUCUGCCUCAAAGGGCCUCAGUUGCCGGACUUCGAACGGGAGUCCUUGUCCAGCGACGAGCAGGACCACUACCUGGAUGCGCUUCUCAGCAGCCAGCUGGCCCUGGCUAAGAUGGUGUGCUCCGACUCCCCGUUCGCCGGAGCCCUUCGGAAGCGGUUGCUCGUGCUGCAGAGGAUCUUUUACGCACUUUCUAACAAGUACCACGACAAGGGCAAGGUGAAGCAGCAGCAGCAUUCUCCGGAGAGCAGCUCCGGCUCCGCGGACAUCCAUUCCGUCAGCGAGCGGCCGAGGUCCAGCACCGACGCGCUGAUCGAGAUGGGGGUCCGCACGGGACUGAGCCUGCUGUUUGCGCUGCUGAGGCAGAGCUGGAUGAUGCCCGCCUCGGGCCCCGGGCUCAGCCUCUGCAACGACGUCAUCCACACGGCGAUAGAGGUGGUGAGUUCCUUGCCGCCCUUGUCCCUCGCCAACGAAAGCAAGAUCCCUCCCAUGGGACUGGACUGCCUCUCGCAAGUGACCACUUUCCUGAAAGGAGUGACGAUCCCAAACUCCGGGGCGGACACUCUCGGUCGGAGGCUGGCGUCCGAGCUGUUGCUCGGUCUGGCCGCCCAGCGCGGCUCUCUGAGGUACCUCUUGGAGUGGAUCGAGAUGGCCCUCGGGGCGUCGGCGGUGGUGAACACCAUGGAGAAGAACAAAACGCUGCAGACCCAAGAAGGGAUGAUCAGCUUCGACUGCUUCAUGAACAUACUCAUGCAAAUGAGGCGAUCGCUGGGAUCAUCCGCGGAUCGAAGUCAGUGGAGAGAACCGACAAGGACCUCGGAUGGCCUCUGCUCUCUCUACGAGGCGUCUCUGUGCCUCUUUGAGGAGGUUUGUCGCAUGGCAUCUGACUACUCCAGGACGUGCGCCAGCCCAGACAGCAUUCAGACGGGCGAUGCUCCCAUAGUUUCUGAGACCUGUGAAGUGUACGUCUGGGGCAGCAACAGCAGCCACCAACUUGUGGAAGGCACGCAAGAGAAGAUCCUUCAGCCCAAGCUGGCCCCCAGUUUUUCCGAUGCUCAGACAAUUGAAGCCGGACAGUAUUGCACUUUCGUCAUCUCUACGGACGGUUCUGUCCGAGCUUGUGGCAAAGGCAGUUACGGCAGGCUGGGCCUGGGCGACUCCAACAAUCAGUCCACUCUGAAGAAACUCACCUUCGAGCCUCACCGGUCGAUCAAAAAGGUGUCGUCCUCCAAAGGUUCUGAUGGCCACACGCUGGCGUUCACGACGGAAGGAGAAGUCUUCAGCUGGGGCGAUGGCGACUACGGGAAACUUGGGCACGGGAACAGCUCGACGCAAAAAUACCCCAAACUAAUCCAGGGCCCUUUGCAAGGAAAGGUAGUUGUGUGCGUGUCAGCUGGAUACCGACACAGUGCCGCCGUUACGGAAGAUGGCGAAUUAUAUACUUGGGGCGAAGGCGACUUUGGUAGACUAGGUCACGGUGACAGCAACAGCCGAAACAUUCCAACUUUAGUCAAAGAUAUUAGCAACGUAGGAGAGGUUUCCUGUGGCAGCUCGCAUACCAUCGCUUUAUCCAAAGACGGGCGGACGGUGUGGUCGUUUGGAGGAGGAGAUAACGGCAAGCUUGGUCACGGUGACACCAACCGUGUCUAUAAACCUAAAGUGAUCGAAGCCCUGCAAGGAAUGUUCAUACGGAAGGUUUGUGCCGGAAGUCAGUCAUCGCUGGCGCUCACAUCGACGGGGCAGGUGUACGCCUGGGGCUGCGGCGCCUGCCUCGGAUGUGGCUCCUCAGAAGCAACCGCGCUCCGGCCCAAGUUGAUUGAAGAGCUUGCCGCGACGCGGAUCGUGGACAUCUCCAUCGGGGACAGCCACUGCCUGGCUCUCUCCCAUGAUAAUGAGGUUUACGCGUGGGGCAACAAUUCCAUGGGUCAGUGCGGCCAGGGGAAUUCCACGGGUCCCCUCACGAAGCCCAAGAAGGGGAGCGGUCUCGACGGAGUGGCCAUCCAGCAGAUCUCGGCCGGGACCUCCCACAGCCUGGCCUGGACAGCCCUGCCUAGAGACAGGCAAGUCGUGGCCUGGCACAGGCCUUACUGUGUGGACCUCGAAGAAAGCACCUUCUCCCACCUCCGUUCCUUUCUCGAGCAGUACUGUGACAAAAUCAACAGCGAGGUCCCACCUUUGCCCUUCCCUUCGUCCAGGGAGCACCACAAUUUCUUGAAGCUCUGCCUGAAGCUGCUUUCCAAUCACCUCGCUCUGGCAUUGGCCGGGGGAGUCGCCACCAGCAUUCUCGGGAGGCAGGCCGGCCCGCUUCGGAAUUUAUUGUUUAGACUGAUGGACUCCUCCGUCCCAGACGAAAUACAGGAGGUGGUCAUAGAGACCCUGUCGGUAGGAGCCACAAUGCUGCUGCCGCCUUUGAGAGAGAGAAUGGAACUGCUGCACUCGCUCCUCCCCCAGGGGCCCGACAGGUGGGAGAGCCUGUCGAAAGGGCAGAGAAUGCAGUUGGAUAUCAUACUGACGAGUUUGCAGGAUCAUACUCACGUCGCAUCCUUACUUGGCUACAGCUCGCCGUCUGACGCCACCGACGUUUCCUCUCUGUGUAUUGCUUAUGGGAAUAUCUCUGAUCCAGUGUAUAGCGCCCAGAGUAACCAUCCGGACACUCACCUAGCUGAAAUUUUAAUGAAGACUCUCUUGCGGAAUUUAGGGUUCUAUACAGACCAGGCAUUUGGAGAGCUGGAGAAGAACAGCGACAAGUUCCUGCUGGGGACGUCCUCCUCCGAGAACAGCCAGCCGGCCCACCUUCACGAGCUGCUGUGCUCCCUGCAGAAGCAACUGCUGGCGUACUGCCACAUCAACAGCGUGAGCGAGACCUCCAGCAGCGUGGCGCUCCUCCACAAGCACCUCCAGCUUCUCCUUCCUCAUGCCACAGACAUCUACUCCCGAUCCGCCACUCUGCUAAAGGAAAGCUCUUGGAACGGCAGCGUCGGGGAAAAGCUGAGAGAUGUCGUCUACGUGUCCGCCGCCGGGAGCAUGCUCUGCCAGAUCGCAAACGCCCUGCUGCUGCUCCCUGUGUCCGUCGCCCGGCCUCUCUUGAGCUACCUUCUCGACCUGCUGCCCCCUCUUGACCGCCUGAAUAGACUGCUGCCGGCUGCCGCCCUUUUAGAAGACCAGGAGCUGCAGUGGCCUCUUCACGGUGGGCCAGAACUUGUCGAUCCCGCCGGAGUGCCCUUACCGCAGCCAGCCCAGUCAUGGGUGUGGCUGGUUGACCUGGAGAGGACCAUCGCUCUGCUUAUUGGCCGCUGUCUCGGUGGAAUGCUGCAGGGCUCUCCCGUGUCUCCAGAGGAGCAAGAUACCGCUUACUGGUUGAAAACACCGCUGUUCAGCGAUGGAGUCGAAAUGGAUAUCCCACAGCUGGACAAAUCCAUGAGCUCCUUGUUGGAGGUGGCCCUCUCCGGAAACGAAGAGCAGAAGCCGUUCGAUUACAAGCUUCACCCGGGAGUCUCGGUCUUUGUGGACUUGGCCUUGGGCUGUGCCAAGGAGCCCGCCCGGAGCCUCUGGAUGAGCAUGCAAGACUACGCCAUCAGCAAAGAUUGGGACAGCGCCACCUUGAGCAACGAGUCGCUUCUGGAUACCGUGUCUAGAUUUGUUCUCGCUGCUCUGCUGAAACAUACGAAUUUACUUAGUCAAGCAAGUGGCGAGAGCAGGUAUCAGCCUGGCAAAGCGCUAGUAGAGGUCUACCGGUGCGUCUACAAGGUCCGGAGUCGUUUGUUGGCUUGCAAGAACAUGGAACUUAUUCAGACGAGGUCAUCCUCGAGAGAGAGAUGGAUGUCGGAAAAUCCGGACUCUGCCGACCGCGAGGGCCAGGAGCACUCCUUCACCCGGACCAUCGAUGAAGAGGCGGAAAUGGAAGAGCAGGCGGAACGGGAGCGCGGGGAGGGGCACCUGGAGCAAGAAGACGAAGAGGAGGAGCGGGAGCACGAAGUGAUGACCGCAGGCAAAAUAUUUCAAUGUUUCCUAUCAGCCCGUGAGGUCGCCCGCAGCCGGGACCGGGAGCGAAUCAACGGCGGGGCAGGGGUUCGAGCGGACGAGCAGCCCCCUCAGUCCCAGCCAGAGCGCCGAGGCAGCGGAGACCUCCCCGAGGGGCAGGACGUGUACACGGCCGCCUGCAACUCUGUGAUCCACAGGUGCGCCCUGCUGAUCUUGGGGGUCAGCCCCGUGAUCGAGGAGCUGCAGAAACGCAGGGAGGAGGGGCAGCUGCAGCAGCCGUCGGCAGGCACCCCAGAAGGGACCGGGCUGAUGACCAGAAGUGAGAGUCUUACCGCAGAGAGCCGGUCGGUCCACUCCACUUCCAGUUACAAACUGAUGAAAUCCAGGAGCGAAUCUGAUUUAUCUCAGCCUGAAUCAGACGAAGAGGGUUAUUCACUGAGCGGAAGGCGAAAUGUGGAUUUGGACUUGGCGUCAUCGCACAGGAAGAGGGGAGUCGUCCACAGCCCGAUGGAAGCCCUGAGCGACUCGUGGACGCGGCUGAAGCACAGCAGGGACUGGCUGUACAGUUCCACCUGUUCGUUCGGGGAGUCGGAUAUCGAUUUCACCAAGUCCGUCGGAGUCCACACCCUGAUCGAGAACGUCGUCAGCUUCGUGAGCGGAGACGUGGGCAACCCCCCAGGCUUUAAGGAGCCCGAAGAAAGCAUGUCGACGAGUCCCCAGGCCUACAUUGUCGCCAUGGAGCAGCAGCAGCUGAGAGCGGAGCUGCGUCUGGAAGCCCUCCAUCAGAUCCUGGUGCUGCUUUCCGGGAUGGAAGAGAAAGGCAGCGCCCCCUCGGGUGGGAGCCGCCAGGGGCCAGGGUUUCCGUCUUCCUCGCUCCUCACGUCCGUGAGGCUGCAAUUCCUGGCCGGGUGCUUCGGCCUGGGUACCGUUGGGCAUGCAGGAGCCAAAGGGGAGAGCAUCCGUCUCCAUCAUUAUCAGGACGGCAUCAGGGCAGCAAAAAGGAGCAUCCAGACCGAGAUCCAGGUGGCCGUGCAUAAGAUUUACCAGCAGUUAUCCGCCACGCUGGAAAGAGCACUGCAGGCAAAUAAGCACCACAUAGAGGCACAGCAGCGCCUCCUGCUGGUGACCGUCUUUGCCUUGAGCGUUCACUACCAGCCGGUCGACGUCUCCUUGGCCACCUCCACCGGCCUGCUGAGCCUCCUGUCCCAGCUGUGCGGCACGGACACCAUGCUCGGCCAGCCGCUGCAACUCUUGCCCAAAAGCGGCGUCUCCCAGCUCAGCACGGCUCUAAAAGUGGCCAGCACCAGACUCCUCCAGAUCUUGGCCAUCACCACAGGCACCUAUGCGGAUAAGCUGAGUCCCAAAGUGGUCCAGUCCCUGCUGGACCUGCUGUGCAGUCAGCUGAAGAACCUCCUGUCGCAAGCCGGGGUGAUGCUCCUGGCUUCCUUCGGAGAGAAAGAAGGCGGGGAAGAGGAGGAGGAGGAGGAGGAAAAGGCUGAGGCCAAUGGAGAGAGCGAGAGGAAGGACUUCAGAGUGGCCCUGCGAAAACAGCACGCCGCGGAAUUACACCUCGGAGACUUCCUGGUUUUUCUUCGGAGGGUUGUUUCUUCCAAAGCCAUCCAGUCAAAAAUGGCUUCUCCGAAGUGGACAGAGGUGCUUCUGAACAUUGCCUCUCAGAAAUGCUGCUCAGGUGUGCCCUUGGUUGGCAACCUGAGAACCCGGCUACUCGCCUUGCACGUGCUGGAGGCCGUCCUGCCUGCCUGUGAAUCGGGCGUGGAAGAUGAUCAGAUGGCGCAGGUAGUGGAACGUCUGUUCUCCCUUCUGUCGGACUGCAUGUGGGAGAGCCCCGUUGCUCAAGCCAAGCACACGAUUCAGGUCAAAGAGAAGGAGCAAGAAAUGAAGCUGCAGCUCGGAGCUCCAAAGCAGGGAGAGUCUGAAGAGGAGGACGAGAACCUGCCCAUCCAGGAGGUGUCGUUUGACCCCGAGAAAGCCCAGUGCUGCAUCGUGGAGAACGGCCAGAUCUUAACUCACGGCAGCGGAGGGAAGGGCUACGGAUUAGCGUCCACUGGAGUCACUUCGGGUUGUUAUCAGUGGAAGUUCUACAUUGUGAAGGAGAACCGCGGCAACGAAGGCACGUGUGUCGGCGUGUCUCGGUGGCCGGUCCACGAUUUCAAUCAUCGCACCACCUCCGACAUGUGGCUGUACAGAGCGUAUAGUGGCAAUCUCUACCACAACGGGGAGCAGACCUUGACCCUGACCAGCUUCACCCAGGGGGACUUCAUCACGUGUGUUCUGGACAUGGAAGCUAGGACCAUUUCCUUCGGUUAUAACGGAGAGGAGCCCAAACUGGCUUUUGAAGACGUGGAUGCUGCAGAAUUAUACCCUUGCGUGAUGUUUUAUAGCAGCAACCCUGGAGAAAAGGUCAAGAUCUGCGACAUGCAGAUGCGCGGCACCCCACGGGACCUGCUCCCCGGGGACCCCAUCUGCAGUCCCGUCGCUGCCGUGCUGGCGGAGGCCACGAUCCAGCUCAUCCGCAUCCUCCACCGAACGGACCGGUGGACGCACUGCAUCAACAAGAAGAUGGUGGAGCGGCUCCGCAAGAUCAAGACCUGCCUGAAAGACGGGGUCCAGAAGCUGAAGAAGAGCCGUUCCCUGCAGAGCCGGGAGGAGAACGAGGCCCGGGAGGAGAAGGAGGAGGGCAAGGAGGAGGAGAAGGGCAAGCACGGCAGCCGGCACGGCCUGGCCGACCUCUCCGAACCCCAGCUGAAGACCCUCUGCGUGGAGGUGUGGCCCGUGCUGGCCGUGAUCGGCGGGGUCGACGCGGGGCUCCGCGUGGGGGGCCGCUGCGUCCACAGGCAGACGGGGCGCCACGCCACCUUGCUGGGCGUGGUCAAAGAGGGCAGCACGUCCGCCAAGGUCCAGUGGGACGAAGCGGAGAUCACCAUCAGCUUCCCAACUUUUUGGUCGCCUAGUGAUACGCCCCUGUAUAACCUGGAACCUUGCGAGCCACUGCCCUUUGACGUCGCGAGGUUUCGGGGACUGACCGCCGCCGUGUUGCUGGACCUGACCUACCUGACCGGCAUCCACGAGGACCUGGGGAAGCAGAGCGCCAAGAGACAUGAGAAGAAGCACAAGCACGACUUGGAAGACAAAGGAGGAGACGCAGACCUGAGAACGGAAGGGGACUCCUCAUCGGAGGCGCGCUCGGUGCCGAGCACCGAGGACCUGAAAGGACACGGAGCCACGAGCUCAAAAUCGGACAGCGAAGUCGCUUCCUUUUCUUUAGAAUCCGUUUCCUUAGGUGCAGAUGGCCAGCAUCCAAAUACGGAAGGCAAAAGAAAGAAUCACGAACACGCUUCCAAAAAUCACGACGUGGUACAAUCAGAAAUCCGGGCGGUGCAGCUGUCCUACCUUUACCUCGGGGCGAUGAAAUCGCUCAGCACCCUUCUCAGCUGCAGUAAAUACGCCGAACUGUUGCUAAUCCCGAAAGUCCUGGCGGAGAGCGGCCACAACUCCGACUGCGCCAGUUCCCCCAUCGUCCACGAAGACGUCGAGAUGCGCGCCGCCUUGCAGUUCUUGAUGCGCCAUAUGGUGAAGCGGGCAGUCAUGCGCUCUCCCAUCAAAAGGGCGCUCGGGCUGGCGGACCUGGAGCGGGCGCAAGCCAUGAUCUACAAACUGGUGGUUCACGGGCUGCUGGAGGACCAGAGCGGCAGCAGGAUUAAACCAGAAGUGGACCAGCAAGCUGAAGAGAACGACCCAGCUCAGCAGGCCCAGACCCCGGUCACAACGAGCCCUUCCGCUUCCAGCACGACUUCUUUCAUGAGCAGCUCUCUGGAAGACACCACGACGGCCACCACGCCGGUCACGGACACGGAAACGGUUCCUGCCUCCGAGUCGCCGGGCGUGAUGCCUCUCAGCCUCCUUAGGCAAAUGUUCUCAAGCUACCCAACGACGACGGUGCUUCCGACGAGGCGUGCGCAGACCCCUCCCAUCUCCUCCUUGCCAACGUCACCCUCCGACGAGGUGGGCCGGAGACAAAGCCUCACCUCUCCCGACUCUCAGUCCGCAAGGCCCACCAACCGCACAGCUUUAUCAGACCCGAGCAGCCGCCUUUCAACAUCUCCUCCGCCCCCUGCGAUUGCGGUGCCGUUGUUAGAGAUGGGGUUCUCCCUCCGGCAGAUUGCAAAAGCGAUGGAAGCCACAGGCGCCAGAGGGGAAGCGGACGCCCAGAAUAUCACAGUCCUGGCCAUGUGGAUGAUUGAGCAUCCCGGGAACGAGGAAGAUGAAGAGCCUCAGUCGGAAGAAACGGCGGACCCACGCCACGGAUCAGUCGUCUCCGGGGGCAGCGGGAAGUCUAGCGAGCAGGGCUACUUGCAGUCUCCCGGAGACAUCCCUUCCGCCGACGCCACUGAAAUGGAGGAAGGCUUCAGCGAAAGCCACGAGAACAUGGACCACGCAGAAAACGCGGCCUCUGGAAGCGGACCGGCUUCGAGGGGCCGGUCGGCAGUGACGAGGAGGCACAAAUUUGACUUGGCAGCUCGGACGCUGUUGGCACGUGCUGCGGGAUUGUACCGCUCUGUACAGGCUCACAGGAACCAGACUCGGAGGGAGGGGAUCUCCUUGCCGCAGGACCCCGGAGCGCUGUAUGACUUCAACUUGGACGAGGAGCUGGAAAUCGACCUGGAUGACGAGGCCAUGGAGGCCAUGUUUGGGCAAGACCUGGCCAGCGAGAACGACAUUCUGGGAAUGUGGAUCCCAGAGCAUGUAUGUGAGUCGGAAGACCGGGAAGAAGUCGUCGUGUGCGAGCUGUGCGAGUCCAGCGUCGUCAGCUUCAACCAGCACAUGAAAAGGAACCACCCGGGCUGCGGGCGCAGCGCAAACCGGCAGGGGUACCGCAGCAAUGGCUCUUAUGUGGACGGAUGGUUCGGGGGCGAAUGCGGAAGCGGGAAUCCCUACUACCUCUUGUGCGGCAGCUGCCGGGAGAAGUAUUUGGCCCUGAAGAGCAAGUCCAAGACCUCGGCCUCAGAAAGGUACAAAGGGCAGGCACCGGACCUGAUUGGGAAGCAAGACAGCGUCUACGAAGAAGACUGGGACAUGCUGGAUGUUGACGAGGACGAAAAACUGACCGGCGAGGAGGAAUUCGAACUCUUGGCUGGACCCCUCGGGUUAAAUGAUCGCCGCAUCGUGCCCGAGCCCGUUCAGUUUCCAGACAGCGAUCCGCUGGGCGCCUCCGUCGCCAUGGUCACAGCCACGAACAGCAUGGAGGAAACCUUGAUGCAAAUCGGCUGCCAUGGUUCCAUCGAGAAGAGCUCCGCAGGCAGAAUCACCCUGGGGGAGCAGGCCGCGGCCCUGGGCAACCCGCACGAUCGCAUCAUGGCCCUGCGGAGGGUGACGGCUGCGGCGCAGGUCCUCCUGGCCCGGACGAUGGUGAUGCGGGCCUUGUCCUUGCUGUCGGUCAGCGGUUCCAGUUGCAGCCUUGCCGCCGGCCUGGAGUCCCUGGGCCUCACCGACAUCCGGACCCUGGUGCGCUUGAUGUGCCUGGCCGCGGCCGGGAGGGCGGGCCUCUCCACCAGCUCCUGCGUGGCGUCCGCCUCCUCGGAGAGGUCUCGCGGAGUGCAUAGCAAGAUGAGCAAGCCCAUUUCCUGCCUGGCCUACCUCAGCACGGCCGUGGGGUGCCUGGCUUCCAACACCCCGAGCGCCGCCAAGCUGCUGGUCCAGCUGUGUACCCAGAACCUGAUUUCAGCAGCGACAGGUGUUAACUUGACCACGGUGGACGACCCGAUGCAGCGGAAAUUCCUGCCCAGCUUCCUGCGAGGGAUAGCAGAAGAGAACAAGCUUGUGACGUCUCCCAACUUUGUGGUGACCCAAGCCCUCGUGGCCUUGUUGGCAGACAAAGGGGCCAGGCUGCGGCCCCAUUACGACAAAGCGGAAGUGGAAAAGAAAGGCCCCCUGGAGCUGGCCAACGCACUAGCCGCUUGCUGCCUCUCUUCAAGGUUGUCCUCACAGCACCGGCAGUGGGCCGCCCAGCAGCUCGUGCGGACCCUGGCCGCUCACGACCGGGACAACCAGGCCAGCCCCCAGACCCUGGCGGACAUGGGUGGAGACCUGCGCAAGUGCUCCUUCGUCAAGCUGGAGGCUCACCAGAACAGGGUAAGGCGAGAAUCCCCAUUCCGGGAAAAUCGUGGGAAAGGCCUCUUGGAUACUCAGCCUCACUGGGUGUCCGCGCUCACGUGGCCCGAGGAAAGUCCGGCGACAGCCUGGACGGGAGAGACUCCGGAAUUGUUGCUCGUCGGACGCAUAGACGGGUCUCUUGGGCUGAUUGAAGUUUCAGAUAUUUCUACCAUGCGCAGAGUAGAACUGGAGCACUGCUACCGGAAGGACGUGUCCGUCACCUGCCUGGCCUGGUUCAGUGAAGACAAGCCUUUUGCGAUCGGCUAUCUGGAUGGGAAGCUGCUGAUAGGGACGAGGGAGCCGCUGGAGAAAGGAGGGAUUGUUCUGGUUGAUGCACACAAGGACACGAUCGUCAGCAUGAAGUGGGACCCGACUGGGAAGAUACUCAUGACGUGUGCAAAGGAAGAAUCGGUCAAGCUCUGGGGACACUUGGGGGGUUGCUGGCAGCACCUGUACUCCCUUUCCCACCCAGCGGUCGUGAACACCGUUGCCUGGUGCAGCCAGCCCGGGAAAGGACCCAGGCCGCAGCUCCUUCUGGCUACAGGCUGCCAGAACGGCUCGCUGUGUGUUUGGGCCAUCCCCCAAGACGAGACGGUCUCACUGCAGCCCAGUUUGAGUUGCUCAGGCGGAUGGUGGGAUGAGGAGAUGAGCGGCAAGGCGGCAUACAGGACGCUAGCAGAAGCCAAGUGCAUCUAUCAGCUGAAAGGGCACAUCACACCUGUCCGGACGGUGGUCUUCAGUUCCGACGGACUCACCUUGGUGUCCGGCGGACUCGGUGGCCUGAUGAAUAUUUGGUCUCUACGGGACGGCUCCGUCUUGCAGAGUGUCGUGAUAGGUUCGGGAGCGAUACAGACGACCGUGUGGAUCCCGGAGGUUGGUGUGGCUGCUUGUUCCAGUAGAUCAAAGGACGUGCUGGUGGUGAACUGCACAGCGGACUGGAUCUCCUCCUGCCACAUCCUCGCCACGUGCCGGACGGCCCUGAAGCAGCAGGGGAUCCUGGGACUCAACAUGGCUCCUUGCAUGAGGGCUUUCCUCGAGCGCCUGCCCUUGAUGCUGCAGGAGCAGUACGCCUACGAGAAGCCCCACGUGGUUUGCGGAGACCAGCUCGUCCACAGCCCGUACAUGCAGUGCCUGGCCUCCCUGGCCGUGGGCCUCCACCUCGACCAGCUCUUGUGCAAUCCGCCCGUCCCGCCUCAUCACCGCUCCUGCCCGCCCGAUCCCUCCGCGUGGAACCCGACGGAGUGGGCCUGGCUGGAAUGCUUCUCGACCACCAUCAAAGCUGCCGAGGCGCUGGCCAAGGGGGCCCAGUUCCCAGAAUCCUUCACAGUCCCAGACCUGGAGCCCGUGCCGGAGGAUGAGCUGGCACUCCUGAUGGACAACGGGAAGUGGAUCAACGGGAUGGACGAGCAGAUUAUGUCCUGGGCGACGUCACGGCCUGAGGAUUGGCACCUUGGUGGGAAGUGCGACGUGUCCCUCUGGGGAGCCGGCCGGCACGGGCAGUUAGCCGAGGCCGGACGCAACGUUUUGGUACCUGUGUCGGCGCCAUCCUUCUCACAAGCUCAGCAGGUCAUUUGUGGUCAAAACUGUACAUUUGUUAUUCAAGCCAAUGGAACGGUUUUGGCCUGCGGAGAAGGGAGUUACGGUCGGCUGGGGCAAGGCAACUCGGACGAUCUCCACGUCCUCACCGUGAUAUCAGCGCUUCAAGGCUUUGUGGUGACCCAGCUGGUGACAUCCUGUGGCUCUGAUGGGCACUCCAUGGCUUUAACAGAGAGCGGCGAAGUUUUCAGCUGGGGGGACGGCGAUUAUGGCAAACUGGGCCACGGCAACAGCGACCGGCAGCGCCGACCCCGGCAGAUCGAGGCCCUGCAAGGAGAAGAAGUGGUGCAGAUGUCCUGCGGCUUCAAGCACUCUGCGGUGGUGACGGCCGACGGCAAGCUCUUCACGUUUGGGAAUGGCGACUACGGCCGACUGGGGCUGGGGAACACGUCCAACAAGAAGCUCCCCGAGAGAGUGACCGCCCUGGAAGGCUAUCAGAUCGGAGAGGUGGCCUGUGGGCUGAACCACACCAUCGCUGUGUCCACGGACGGCUCGAUGGUCUGGGCGUUUGGCGACGGGGACUACGGGAAACUCGGCCUGGGGAACUCCACAGCCAAAUCCUCACCGCAGAAAGUAGAUAUUCUUUGCGGGAUUGGAAUCAAGAAGGUGGCGUGUGGGACCCAGUUUUCCGUGGCGCUGACAAAAGACGGGCACGUGUACACGUUUGGGCAAGACCGUCUGAUCGGCUUGCCAGAAGGCAGAGCCCGAAACCACAAUCGCCCGCAGCAAGUUCCAGCCUUAUCAGGGAUCUUUGUCGAGGAUGUUGCUGUCGGGGCCGAACACACCCUCGCCUUGACCUCUUCGGGGGACGUCUACGCCUGGGGGAGCAACUCAGAAGGGCAGCUGGGCUUACCCGAUGCCAUCCCGCCGCAGUACGGGGCCCUGAAGGAGGUCAGCAUCCACACCGUCCGGGCCCGGCUGCGGCUGCUGUACCACUUCUCUGACCUCAUGUAUUCUUCCUGGCGCUUGCUGAACCUCAGUCCCAACAAUCAGAACAGCGCCUCCCAUUACAAUGCUGGAACGUGGGGGAUCGUCCAAGGGCAGCUGCGGCCGUUGCUGGCGCCGAGGGUUUACACGCUGCCCAUGGUCCGCUCCAUCGGGAAGACGAUGGUCCAGGGGAAGAACUACGGGCCCCAGAUCACCGUCAAGAGGAUCUCGACCAGAGGUCGGAAGUGCAAGCCGAUUUUCGUCCAGAUCGCCCGGCAGGUGGUCAAGCUCAACGCCUCCGACCUCCGCUUGCCCUCCCGUGCCUGGAAAGUGAAGCUGGUGGGCGAAGGUGCCGACGACGCCGGGGGCGUCUUUGAUGACACCAUCACAGAAAUGUGCCAGGAACUGGAGAUGGGCGUCGUAGACCUCCUGAUUCCUUCCCCCAACGCAACCGCGGAAGUUGGCUACAACAGAGAUCGGUUCCUCUUCAACCCUUCCGCCUGCCUGGACGAGCACCUGCUGCAGUUCAAGUUCCUGGGCAUCCUGAUGGGCGUGGCCAUCCGCACCAAGAAGCCCCUGGACCUCCACCUGGCCCCGCUGGUCUGGAAGCAGCUCUGCUGCAUCCCGCUGGCCUUGGAGGACCUCGAGGAGGUGGAUCUCCUCUACGUGCAGACCCUCAACAGCAUUCUUCACAUUGAAGACAGCGGCAUCAUGGAGGAGAAUUUCCACGAGAUGAUUCCUCUGGAUUCUUUUGUGGGCCAGAGCGCAGACGGGAAAAUGGUUCCCAUCAUCCCCGGCGGGAACAGCAUCCCCCUGACCUUUUCCAACAGGAAGGAGUACGUGGAGAGAGCCAUCGAGUACCGGCUCCACGAGAUGGACCGCCAGGUGGCCGCAGUGCGGGAGGGGAUGUCGUGGAUCGUCCCGGUCCCUCUGCUCUCCCUCCUGACCGCCAAGCAGCUGGAGCAGAUGGUCUGCGGGAUGCCCGAGAUCUCCGUCGACGUCCUGAAGAAGGUGGUGCGCUACAGGGAGGUCGACGAGCAGCACCAGCUGGUCCAGUGGUUCUGGCACACCCUGGAGGAGUUCUCCAACGAGGAGCGAGUCCUCUUCAUGAGGUUCGUCUCGGGAAGAUCUCGCCUGCCAGCCAACACGGCGGAUAUCUCUCAGCGUUUCCAAAUAAUGAAGGUGGAUCGGCCUUACGACAGCUUGCCUACCUCACAGACCUGCUUCUUUCAACUGAGGCUCCCUCCCUAUUCCAGUCAGCCAAUCAUGGCCGAGCGUCUGCGCUACGCAAUCAACAACUGCAGGUCGAUCGACAUGGACAAUUACAUGCUGUCCCGGAACGUGGACAACGCCGAGGGCUCGGACACAGACUAUUAACUCUGUGCGCACACCCACUCCCCCACCCUCCACGGAAAUCAUCUUUUCUUUUCUUCCUCUCUUGCACAUAGUGUCCCAUCUUGGAGUUCAAUGUUGACACCAUUUUACGGUAACGAUAGAUGUUUUAGAAACCGACCGACCAGUGGCCACGUUUUUAGUUAACGAUAAAUGUGAUGAAACUUAGACGUGUUUUAUUUUUUUGUGAUUGUAAACAAAGGAAAGCAAAAGUGAGAUCAAC